CAUGGCGGCGUGCAUGGCAUCCCAGGCUGCUACGAGAGGGCUCAGGGCAGCCACGUCUAAGAACCUACUUGUGAACAAACUGAAGCUUCACUGCAACUGGUUGAGUCCUAAAAGAUGGCUAAAUCUUCAAGAAUACCAGAGCAAAAAGUUGAUGCAAGAGUGUGGCGUGGCUGUCCAACGCUUCUUUGUAGCUGACACGGCCUCUGAGGCCUUAGAGGCUGCAAAGAAACUCGAUGCCAAAGAGAUUGUGCUAAAAGCUCAGAUUCUGGCUGGUGGGAGAGGCAAGGGUGUGUUUGACAGUGGCCUCAAAGGUGGAGUGCAUCUAACUAAGGACCCUGCAGUUGUUGGAGAGUUGGCCAAUAAAAUGCUGGGUUUCAAUCUGACGACCAAGCAGACACCUAAAGAUGGAGUGAAAGUGAAAACAGUCAUGGUUGCUGAAGCCUUGGACAUAAACAGGGAGACCUACUUUGCCAUUCUAAUGGAUCGCUCUUGUAAUGGUCCUGUUAUGGUUGGAAGUCCCAAAGGAGGUAUGGACAUAGAGGAAGUAGCAGCCAGCACACCAGAGCUCAUCUUUAAGGAAGUCAUAGAUAUAUAUGAUGGUGUACAGGACGACCAGGCAGAUCGCAUGGCAGCUAAUUUGGGUUUCAAAGGACCUCUGCAGAGACAGGCAGCAGAUCAGAUUAAGAGGCUCUAUGAUCUCUUCCUGAAAGUCGACGCCACUCAAGUUGAAGUCAACCCUCUUGGAGAGACCCCUGAAGGACAAGUGGUCUGCUUUGAUGCUAAGAUCAACUUCGACGACAAUGCUGAGUUCCGUCAAAAGGAUGUCUUUGCCAUGGAUGACUUGACAGAGAGUGAUCCCACAGAGAUGGAAGCUGCCAAGUGGGAUCUCAAAUAUAUUGGUCUGGACGGAAACAUUGCCUGCUUUGUGAAUGGAGCUGGAUUGGCCAUGGCCACAUGUGACAUCAUUGACCUGCAUGGAGGAAAGCCAGCUAACUUCCUGGAUCUUGGCGGAGGAGUCAAAGAGAGGCAGGUGUAUGAGGCAUUCAAGCUUCUUUCUGCUGACCCAAAGGUUGAGGCCAUCCUCGUCAACAUCUUUGGGGGGAUCGUCAACUGUGCUAUUAUUGCCAACGGUAUCACCAAAGCCUGUCGAGAGCUGGAACUAAAGGUGCCUCUGGUGGUCAGACUUGAAGGGACCAACGUGCAUGAGGCCAAGAGGAUCCUGAGAGAGAGCGGUCUGCCCAUCACGGCUGCAGACAACCUGGACGAUGCUGCCAAGAAAGCAGUGGCUGCCAUCAAGAAGUAGAAAAGUCCAAUCUAUCUUCGUCAGCAACCUCAAGGUGGCCUUACUCACCGUCUGUGUUAUGUUCCAGGCACAAAGCUCACCACAGGCUAAGAGCUCCUAAAACUUUUUUUGUUUGUUUAAGUACAACAACCAUCAUUACCACUACAGAUCCUCAGCUGGUUUAUGAGCCAUAGAGCUAAUCAUUUAUCCUCCCUCGUGCAGAAUUUCUGCCAAUGUUUCCUGGUAGCAUCUUUCCCUCUGUUCUCUACAUUGAUUGUCAUUAAUUACUCUGCAAAUUUCUUGUUUUUCAUUUCACAUCAUGAAAGUCAGCAGAGGGAAGAUCUCAAGCACAGAUUAGACAGAGCCCUAACACUUUCACCAUUCUGUUUUCAAAAACAUAUUGUGUCUCCCUCCUUUGUCAUGCUGUAACAGUUUUAUAGGCAUUUGAUUAGAUAAGUUGUUUUUAUGAAGAUGCAUUGUCAAGCGUUUUUCUAAGAAAUAAUAAAUCCCUUAUCUAUGAUUGAGGUCAGAGGCAGCCAGUAACAUUGCGAUAAUUUAAUGCUGCUUUACUUCAGCAAAGACAACAGUAGUGCUAGCAGCCCAUGCUAAAUCAUUCUGGAUUCUUUUGUCUCCGUCAAUGCAUUCAUCCAAUGCCUUAUAUGUGUCUCUCACAUGAAGUAUAUAAAACUGCGCUGUGAAUUUUCUACAUCGUGAUAUUAUUUGAGUUCUUCACUGAUGCACAUUCAAGAUGGUAAAUCUGUUUCUAGUGGUUUGUAAACAAUCUCUAGCUCACCUUUGUUCAAGUGUGUUUAAAGAGCAACCACAGAUCUUAUAUCUCUUUCUAUAUAUAUAUAUAUAUAUAUAUAUAUAUAUAUAUAUAUAUAUAUAAAAUCCAGCUAUGUAAAUUGACAGAAUAUUUAGGAGUAGUACCUUUGCAUAUAAUUAUCACAACUAUUACCUUUGCAGAGCCCAUAAAAAUUGAAAUGUAUCAAUAGAAUUUGAAUAUAGUUAGUACCUAAUUUUUUAUUCAAUGAAAUCAUUUUUACUGUUGUCACUGGUGGUAGUUUGUCCAUUUGGAAGCGAUACAACACAGUUACAGAUCCAUUUUUCAUUAACUCUUUGGUCUGUUUGUGCAGUCAAAAUAAAAAUCUGCAUGGUUUCAGACACAAUG